AUGUCUAACAAUGGAGUUGAAGCAGAAGACAAACCACCUGCUCCUCCAAUGAGAAAUACCAGCACUAUGAUUGGAUCGGGAAGCAAAGAUCCUGGAACUUUAAACCAUGGCUCAAAACCUCUGCCUCCCAAUCCAGAAGAAAAGAAGAGAAAAGAUCGAUUUUACCGAUCUAUUUUGCCAGGAGAUAAAACCAAUAAGAAGAAGGAAAAAGAGCGGCCGGAGAUCUCCCUCCCUUCAGACUUUGAACACACAAUUCAUGUGGGGUUUGAUGCAGUCACAGGGGAAUUCACAUGUUGCAUGUACCUCUUCCCACAGGGAAUGCCAGAGCAAUGGGCACGUCUGCUGCAGACUUCCAACAUCACCAAGUCAGAGCAGAAGAAGAACCCCCAGGCAGUGCUGGAUGUGUUGGAGUUUUACAACUCCAAGAAGAUCUCCAACAGUCAGAAGUACAUGAGUUUUACAGAUAAAUCAGCAGAGGAUUACAAUUCAUCUAAUACAUUGAAUGUGAAGGCUGUCUCUGAGACCCCUGCAGUGCCCUCAGUGUCUGAAGAUGAGGACGAUGAAGAUGAUGCAGCUCCACCCCCUGUGAUAGCUCCACGACCUGAACACACCAAAUCUAUAUACACCCGCUCUGUGAUAGACCCUCUCCCUCCACCUACCAGAGAUGUGGCCACUUCUCCUAUUUCUUCUCCCUCGGAAAACAACAGCACGACAGCACCCGACAUGCUGGUCAGGAACACGGAGAAGCAAAAGAAAAAGCCAAAAAUGUCAGAUGAAGAGAUACUGGAAAAAUUAAGAAGUAUCGUGAGUGUGGGUGAUCCAAAAAAGAAGUACACGAAUUUUGAGAAGAUUGGACAGGGAGCCUCGGGUACGGUUUACACAGCAAUAGAUGUAGCUACAGGACAGGAGGUUGCAAUCAAACAGAUGAAUUUGCAGCAGCAGCCCAAAAAAGAACUGAUUAUUAAUGAGAUCCUUGUGAUGAGGGAAAACAAAAACUCCAACAUUGUCAACUACUUGGACAGUUACCUUGUAGGAGAGGAGCUGUGGGUGGUGAUGGAGUACUUGGCGGGAGGCUCCCUGACCGACGUGGUGACGGAGACCUGCAUGGACGAGGGACAAAUCGCCGCUGUGUGCCGGGAGUGUCUUCAAGCCCUGGAAUUCCUCCAUUCAAACCAAGUUAUUCACAGAGACAUCAAGAGUGACAACAUCCUACUGGGAAUGGAUGGCUCUGUCAAACUAACUGACUUUGGCUUCUGUGCCCAGAUCACUCCUGAGCAGAGCAAACGCAGCACCAUGGUGGGCACCCCGUACUGGAUGGCGCCUGAAGUGGUGACGCGGAAAGCUUACGGGCCCAAAGUGGACAUCUGGUCUUUGGGGAUCAUGGCCAUCGAGAUGAUCGAAGGAGAGCCCCCCUACCUCAAUGAGAACCCUCUGAGGGCCCUGUAUCUCAUUGCUACUAAUGGGACUCCAGAGCUUCAGAAUCCAGAAAAGCUUUCACCCAUAUUCCGAGACUUCUUAAAUCGCUGUCUUGAGAUGGACGUGGAAAAGAGAGGUUCUGCAAAAGAGCUGCUACAGCACCAGUUCUUGAAAAUUGCAAAGCCUCUAUCCAGUCUCACUCCUCUGAUUAUUGCAGCUAAAGAGGCAGCCAAGAACAACCAUUAA